AUGACGGAGCGUACCGACACUAUUCGCGAGUUGUUCCACAAAAGCAGCCCCUAUCGCCCCGGUGGCGAUGACUUCGCUGAGCUCACUGCUCUGAAAUCUCACACAUUUUACGAAACCUUUCAGGUCGUCACAUCCACAGCAAAGGUCGCGGUGCGAAACACGCGUGCUAGCAUCAAAGCAGCUCUCCGCGCCAUGGAACAAUUUAGCCCCGCAGUUUCAGAUCAAGAGAGUGCCUUACUGUUACAGGAGGCGGAGUUACUCGCGGCUUCCGACGCCAUAAAGGAACUCAUUGCAUCGCUGAAGAACGCGUGUGUGCAGUCGGAGAAGUCUGGAAGCCGGUGGGGUGCUGCUGUGUCAAGGAAAGGGGAUGAGGCACAGGACGCUAAGACUGGGAAGCCGUCAAACCAAAUGCUUUUGCAUCUCGAGACAGCCCUCGAGGUUGUCGGGCUAUGCACCGGUCGAUGGAGGCUUUUGCUGGCCCUAUGCAAAGAGGAGCUCAUCUUGUAUAAGCAGGAGAUGUUCUCUUUUGGGCGUAUUGGAGUACUUUCUUGUCAAGAUCCAGUGAAAGAAAAGUGUGGGGACGCUGAGAGUUCAAUCAGCAGGCGCGAACCGGACGUAGAAAGACCACAAGAACUGGACCUGCCAAUUGGCUGUAGUGUAGAGAAGCCAAAAGAUGCAACCCAAGCGGUUAUGUCGGUGGUAGACCGUGUCAUGAAGGAGGCAGCGAGGAGGGUGACGGUGGCACCGCUUCCUCUCAAUAGCGGUGUAUGGUCAAAAAUACGGGGAAACAAAAGCAAUUGCAGGAACGUCUGGAACGCGGAUAUCUCUGAAGUUCCCGUUCCUCAAUUCGAGUACAGUUUAGAGGAGCAGCAGCAACUAAGGGUUGAAAAUGCGAUGCUGGAAAAGCAUCAAAGACUAGUCUCCGCCGAAGAUGCGAAGGCUGUUGAAGUCUCUGUUCGUGAAUUGUCGCAGUUGACCUCCCUCAUCAGCGAACGAGUCAUUCAGCAGAACGAACAGUUCUCCAUUCUUUUGAAAAAUACUGAAGCGGCGCAGAACAACAUGCAGCGAGGAAUAGGCGAAGUUAAGCAAACUCUUACGCAUUUUUGGAACCCAACCCGACAGCUGAUAGCAGUUCUGUGGACCAGCAUCAUCGUGCUUCUGUUAGCCAACUGGAUCAUUCGCUAA